CGCGCGCUUGGCAGCUGCGCUGAGCGCAAAUAUACGAUUUUUAUGGUUCUUUGACAUCGUCUCGUAACUCGAGAAACCCUCACGUGAUAAAGCGGCAUUCUUUUGCUCUCUCAUCAACGGUUCUUUCCGCUGCUAUCUCGACAAGACGACUGAAGAGGCUCGUCGAGUGGUCACAUUUGAGCACUUGCUUGAGCGCCUUCGGCCACUUGUCGCAUCUUGUAGCUUGUGUCUGCUGGUGGCGCUUGCAAGGUUGAGACCGCUGUGCGCUUGCUCUGCAAUGGAAGGUGACAAUGGGCAUCGCUGUGUUUACCUCGACUAUAAUGCAACUGCACCGGUGGAAGAAGAGGUCCAGAAAUCCAUCAUAUAUGCCCUGCAGGUGGCUUGGGGAAAUCCAACGAGCAACCAUGAUGGAGGUACUGAAGCACGUAGAAUUAUAGAUGAAGCUCGUAUGUCGGUCGCAAACAUGAUUGGAGCAUCGCCACCAGAAAUUGUCUUCACAUCAGGAGGGACAGAGAGCAACAACAUGAUUAUUCACUCGCUUGUGCGUCACUUCAGGAAGACAAGGAGCAGCUUUGCACCCCUCUCCAACUGCAAGAUUCCUCAUGUUAUCACAAGCAACAUUGAGCACAAUUCAAUCCUGCUUACCUUGAAAGACUUGUGUGAAGAUGAGCAUAUAGACCUCACAGUUGUUCCUGUCUCAAAAGUCACUGGUACUGUGUCUGCCGAAGAAGUUAUCACUGCUAUUCGACCCAAUACUUGCUUCGUCACCAUCAUGUUGGCAAACAACGAGACUGGAAUAAUUCAGCCAGUUAAUACCAUUGGGACUCUGCUGAAGGACGUCAACCAGCAAAGAAAGAAGCACAGCCUCCCAGAGGUUCUGUUUCACACGGAUGCUGCACAAGCACUUGGCAAAGUGGCUGUGAAUGUGGAUGACCUGAAGGUGGACUAUUUGACCAUUGCAGGGCAUAAGUUCUAUGGGCCUAGAACAGGAGCCCUCUACUUUCGAGACUCUAAGCCACUGUAUCCUCUCCUGUUUGGUGCGGGACAGGAGCGUGGUCUCAGGCCAGGGACGCCCAACACUUGCAUGAUUGCUGGAGUUGGAACAGCAGCAAUGCUAGUAGCCAAGAACUUGGGCACAUAUCAUCAGCUUAUGAAAGACUCGAGAGAUUACUUGGAGGAAAAGCUGAAGGAAGCGUUUGGGCCUCUGGUAUCUUUCAACCAUAGAAAAGGGGCCCAGGCUUUGCCAAACACCUGUAGUGUAUCAUUUGCUGGAAUGAAGGGUCCUGAAAUCUUGGCCAAGGCUAAGUAUGUUCUAGCCAGCACAGGGGCUGCCUGUCACCACACAGCAACCCCUUCAAGAGUGCUGUUGAAUUCUGGAGUCCUGGAGGACAAUGCUCGUGGAACGCUUCGACUGAGCACAGGAAGGAAAACAUGUGCUGAUGUGGAUGCUGCCGUCAGGAUGCUUCAAGAUGCAGUAUCAGCAAUACAGGAGGAACAGUCUUCUGGGGGUGAGACAGAUGUGCAUAUUGCGCAUUUUUGACACGAUUCCGUCUUCCUGCGCCAA